UUUCACGUGUUUACAUCAGCUCUCUGGGCUGGCAGAGGAGGUUCGGUGUGCGUGUGUUUUGUGUGUUGGCUGUGAUCUUGCUGAUCGUUUUGAGAGGAGAGUUGAUUCUACCCGAUCCCACCGGCGGACAUGCCUUUGGCUAAGGAUUUGUUAAACCCGUCUCCAGAAGCAGAGCGGAGACAGCACAAGAAAAAACGUUUGGUUCAAAGCCCAAACUCCUACUUCAUGGAUGUCAAGUGCCCGGGCUGCUACAAGAUCACAACGGUGUUCAGCCAUGCUCAGACGGUGGUGCUGUGUGUUGGUUGCUCCACAGUUCUGUGCCAGCCCACUGGUGGCAAGGCCCGGCUCACUGAAGGCUGCUCAUUCCGGAGAAAGCAACACUGAGUGAUGUGCAGGAGGAUGGUAUGGGCUACGUGACUGUAUCGAUUACCAAUGACCAUCAAUGGGAUAUGGUGCUGUUAUUUCAUUGAUUGCAAUGAAUGUGAUUGUACAUUGCAGUGGUUAAAGUGGGCAUUUACAGUGUUUCACUGUUCUGUGUCCACAGCAUCAAACUAAUAAAAUCGGAACUGUGUUCACGA